GGGCCGCUCCCGGCAGCCGCCCGCCGCCCUUCUCUCGCCACACGCGGCCACGGCGGCCCCGCCGCUGCCCUCACCGCCGGGCUAGGUGCCAUGCUCUGCCGGGACCCUAAAGCGGGACGGCCUCCUGGCGCGGACCCCCGCCGAGCCGAGGGAUUGCCGCGGAGCAGCGGCGCCCGGCUCGUCUCCCCGCUACGCCCCCCCGGGGAGGGGAGGGGCCGGACUGGGCCGGGCCGGGCGGGCGCCGCUCCCGCCCCGCAGAGGAGCGGACGUGAGGGCGGUGCGGAGGGGCCGUGCUGAGUCUAGCGACACUCGCCGCGUCCCGCCGGACUGGAGAUGCUCCAACGCACCCCGGCCACGGCGGCCUUCACCGACGAUGUGUUGCGCGUCUUCGGGGCCAACCAGAGCCUGUCGGCCGAGCAGCUCUCCUCUCUGCUGCAGCGGCUGGGCGCCGCGCCGGCCCUGAGCGCCGUGCUGCCCCUGUCCCACCUGCACCACAACCAGUGCUUGACUGGUGAGGAAAUCUUUUAUUUACAUGGGAUACCAAACAACAGUCACAUAUCAAAUGCAAGCUUCUCUACAGUAUGUCCUGCAGUUUUGCAGCAGUUAAUUUUUCACCCCUGUGAUCGUCAUGAAGACUUUGUGGAUACAUCUAAACCACAUCCUUUACAAGUUUGGGGAUUUGGGUUCCUGGCUGUGACUAUCAUUAACUUGGCAUCGCUUCUGGGAUUGAUCUUAACUCCUCUCUUAAAGAAGCCAUAUUUCCCCAAGGUUUUAACCUACUUUGUGGGCCUGGCCAUUGGUACUCUCUUUUCUAAUGCAAUUUUCCAGCUCAUUCCAGAGGCAUUUGGGUUUGACCCCAAAGUAGAUAACUAUAUUGAGAAAGCAGUUGCUGUGUUUGGUGGAUUCUAUAUUCUCUUCUUUGUGGAAAGGAUUCUUAAAUUGAUACUGAAGAUCUAUGACCAGACUGGCCAUACUUACACUGAAAAUGGUGACCAGAAUCGUUCUCAGGAUAAGACAAACCCACCCAAACCACUAUCAGCCAGCAACGGGGGGACAUGUUAUGCAAAUUCAGCCGUCAUAGAGAGCAAUGGAAAUCUUGGUUUUGACAGCAUCAGUGUGGUCUCAGCACAGGAAGAAGCCACUCAAAGCAGCCUGUGCAAGUGUCUUAAGGGCCGUCCACUGUCAAAGAUUGGGACUAUUGCUUGGAUGGUGACACUGAGUGAUGCUGUACAUAAUUUCAUAGAUGGUUUGGCUAUUGGUGCUUCAUUCACUUUGUCCCUGCUUCAAGGGCUUAGUACCUCCAUAGCCAUCUUGUGUGAAGAGUUUCCUCAUGAACUGGGGGAUUUUGUCAUCUUGCUGAAUGCAGGGAUGAGUACUCAUCAAGCUCUGUUUUUCAACUUCAUGUCUGCAUGUUCCUGUUACAUUGGGAUGGCUUUUGGAAUAUUAGUAGGCAACAACUUUGCUCCAAACAUCAUCUUUGCUGUAGCUGGUGGAAUGUUUCUGUACAUCUCUCUGGCAGAUAUGGCUCACAGGAUGUCAGCAGUUGGAAGGGACCAAAGAGAUCAUCGAGUCCAACUCCUCUGCCAGAGCAGGACCAUACAAUCUAGCUCAGGUCACAGAGGAGCACAUCCAGGUUAUCUGGUACAAGCCAAACACCUUGCCCUCGACGGUGAAUUAGAGAGUGAAAUGUGAACGUGGACCCUGUGAAAUGAAGACUCCCUGGGUAAUAGUGACCACCAAGCCUGGAUAACUGACCGACAGUAGUGUGGUUGUGGACCUGACAGUCAAAUUUCACCUCUGAAGCAGUGGCUGAUCUGUGCUGCAAAUGAGGAGCUGUGCUUUUCUCACCAGUUCAACAUCAGGGUGAACAUCCAGCAAGGCCACAUCACACUCUCGUGGAUGAGCUCAGCCAGAAGUGGAUCAUCUUCGAGCACUGACGACCCAGUGAAACCUCCCUUGUAGCGAGGCUCCUCCUGGCAGCUCCCUGUAAGGCAUCUGGAGAUGAGCUUUGGCUUGCUGGUGCCCCAUCACAGGGGUGAAGGAGCUGCUCAUCCACUGCCUCUCCACUGGCGGCACAGAGAGCACCUGGACCCUGUCCAGGAGGCCUGUGAGGACUGACACCCCUGCCCAAGAAAGGUUUCUUCACCUCCUCUACUGCAGAAACAAGCAACAAACUUCACAGCUGGCCCAGGAGAGAAAUUCCAGGACUCCAAAGUGCAACGAUGACCACACAGCGCUGGAAUGAUGCAGUCUGGAGACAUGAGGGCUGCCAAGCAGAGGAAGCUGAUGUGCAGCUGGCAGAAGAAUUGCACUGUCUAAACUCAUCUGAAGGAAAGGAAACCAAGGGAAAUCCAGCUCUGACUUUAGAAUCCGUUUGCCACAACCUGUCCUUGCAGAGAUCAGUGAACUGAAAAAGAAGAGACCAACCCCCACCUGGCUACAACCAGCACAAGUCCCUGGGAGCAGAGGAGCAAGAGGCAUCUGCAGAGAGAACGGCAGGAGGUGGACUGUGCAGAAAUCUCUCUUCUAACAUCGGGGCUGGUCUGUACUGGUGACAGUGAGGAGAAGCUGAAGGGUACAGAGACACAUCUCUCUUUGUGAGCAACUCAGCCAGCAGUUUGAGUGUGGGAUGGCCUCAUGAAGCCCUGAUUUGGUGAUGAUUGGGUAAGAAACUGAUUUUUUAUUUUCUUGAUGUUAAAUUCAUACAUGAUGCCUGGUUACAAUACUUAAGAAAGUGAAACCCAGGCUAUAGAUACAGCUUCACAAGUCCAGUGCACACUUGUAAACUACCACCAAAUGACUAUUUUGAAGACUAGGAGUCCUGACUGAAAUAUAUACUGUUAGAAAAGACUUUAUCUCCUUACUACUUCCAUGCUUUCCUCCCUCUGCACACAUACUAAGGCUCGUGGGUGCUUAUUUCAACUUUAAGUGGUUUGAUUAAAGGAGUUUGUGUUUCAAUGU